UUUGACCCUGCAAUCCCUCAUGUUUAUGAAGAGCAGAUCGAAGCUGGUGGAGAAAGAAUAAUCAUGAGAAUUAAAGCAGGAGUUCUACCAGAAGGGAAACAAUGAAAUCAACGUGGAGGUAAAACAGGAGUCCCAUGACUACUUAGUGGUGAAUUGGACCACCGUCAGCAUAAAAAACAAUCCAUUGUCUGUUUUCGGAGCUUGGUUAGGUAAAUAAAGAAAAAUUCAUCUGGAACAACAGCACCUCAUCCCCGGGUACAUUUUGUUUGGCAGAUGAUGAGGCAAGGAGGGGCCUGCUGGUGUGAGGAUUUGGGGCUAUAAAAGGCUUUUACUUUGUGAUCGGCCACAGUCAAACAUCCUGAGCCACAGCAGCCUGCUUCUGUGUGCACCUGAGGACCAAACCCAAAGAAAGGCAGCAUGGAUGUAAGUAGCACAUCAAAUUCUCAGAUCUCCACACUGCAUGCUGAUGCUCUGUGUGGCAGCUGCCCGCCGUCUGGUUCUGCUCCACAGGCCGGCACCCUUUGGCCCAGCCUGCCACCGUCCGGAGCUGGGUUCCCUGCGUGGCCUGGGCAGCCCACCCAGCCUGUGCCAUGCUGGACCGGACAACCAAACACCGCCUGCUGGCCCGUUUCACAACCCGCUCCAGUUUCUGUUCCUGCUCCAAUUUCAGUUUCAGCACCGAAUCAAGUUAUAACACCACCAGCACCAACCACAGCUAUGGUCCCAGCACCAGUUCAGGUUCCAUCUCCAGCAGUCCAACAGCCCUGUCAGCCAUGCUGGCCAGUCACUCAGUACCAGCCGCCUCAGCAACCUGCUCCAAUUCAAACUCAGGUCCCUGCUCCAGCUAUUACUCCAACUGCCACCAUCCAUCCAAGUCUACCAGGCUGGCCUGCUCACCCUGGUUGGCCUUAUAACCCGGGACAGUCAGGAUGGCCUGGACAGAAUCCAUCAAUGAUGCCACCACACUGGCUUCCCCCUACAUCUGGACCUAUGAGUGUGCCGUACAACUUAAACCUGGCUCGAGGAGUAUAUGACAAAAUGAUGAUGACAAUCCUGGGCCAUGUCAAACCUAAUGCCAAAAUGUUCACAGUGAACUUCCUGAGAGGCAAUGACAUUGCCUUUCACAUCAACCCACGUUUUACCGAGGGGGGCAAGCAGGUGGUGGUCCGGAACCACAAAGUUGGUGAUCGCUGGGGCCCGGAAGAGAGGGACCUUAAGGGACCCUUCCCUUUUGCUCCUGGGAGCCCUUUUGAGAUGAAGAUCCUGUGCACCCCUGAGGCCUUCAGGGUGGCGGUGAACAACAUCCCGCUGUUCGAGUUCCGUCACCGCAUCAGAGAGCUGAACCAGAUCGACCGGAUCAACAUCCUGAACGACGUCAUCCUCACUUAUGUCAAUGUGGAGACGCUUCCCUAAGGAACAAACAAACCGCCGACAGAUUUUGUUUGCCUGUGAACUCAGAAAAAAAGCACGAGUGAUUGACUGAAACAAAGAUAUGCUUUAAUAUAAAGAGUUUUGCAGUUUGUUUCUUAUUUUACACUUAAAAAAUGACUGAGUAAAACUAGAAAUAAAAAACAAAUAUGUAUCAAACUUCAGAGAACAAUUUAGGUUUUUCUCAGAGUAUAGCUUAUUUUGUUGAUUGAAAUUAACAUAUUUGUUGGGUCAAAAAAGUCUAAUAGUGUUGCCGCAACAUGUUUACUUCUAGGGGUCAUUAAUUGAACUGGUCUGUUUGAACUAAUAAUAAUGUUGCUUUUUCAGUAAUUUAACAUUAAAGCAAUAUCCAGAUCUUG